AUGGUCAAACCAUUGUCUUUUAAAGGUGAUAAGAAAACGAAGAAAAGAAAGCGCGUUGAUACCGCUGAGAAGUUUGGGGAUUCCGAAGCGACAGCCUCCCAAGCAAUUGCAAAACCCCAGGAAGAAGACGACGCGCCAGAUGAUGAUACCUGGGUGACGGCAGAAGCUGCAGCUGAUGUAGUUGGGCCGGUGGUAUUUGUUUUACCUUCAGAUCCACCAUCAUGUAUAGCCUGCGAUACAAAUGGAAAGGUAUUUGCAAGUGCGCUGGAGAAUAUGAUCGAGAACAAUCCCACCACUGCCGAACCUCACGAUGUAAGACAAGUAUGGGUUGCCAACAAAGUAGCAGGUACGGAGACUUAUAGUUUCAAAGGUCACCACGGAAAGUAUUUAAGUUGCGAUAAAUUCGGAAUUCUAUCAGCCAAUACCGAAGCUGUGUCGCCCUUGGAAUCCUUCUUAUCGAUUCCAACAGCCGAUACUCCAGGUACAUUUCAGAUACAAACACUGCGAGAUACGUUCUUGACGAUAAAGCCACUUGCAUCCGCAAAGGAGAAUGCUUUGCCAGAGAUCCGAGGAGAUGCUGAUGCAAUCAAUUUCAAUACUACUUUACGAAUUAGAAUGCAAGCAAGAUUCAAACCAAAAUUGAAGGCUUCCAAAGAAGAAAGGGCCAGUCAGAAAAUAAGCAGGAAGGAAUUAGAAGAUGCCGUUGGCCGAAGACUGGAUGAUGAUGAGGUACGGAAACUCAAGAGAGCAAGGAAAGAAGGCGAUUACCAUGAGGCAUUACUUUUGAUCAAGGUAAAGAACAAGCAUGAUAAAUUCUUCGCCUCAGAUGUUUUCGAAGUCAAGGGUGCAGAGCCAAUAUAUAUCUACGAUAUUGUGCCAGUCGCAGCUGGACUCGCAUCCAUUUCAUCAGAUGACUGUUUACGGUUGCUAGAUCCAACGGCUUUGAACGGCCAACCACUGAACACUAUUAAGAAAGUCAAUUCUGAUGUUACAUGUCUGAAGACUAUCGGAAACGGCGAUAGUUCUAUUGUGGUCACGGCUGGAAGGGAUGGAAAAGUGUGUUUGAUUGACCCAAGGACUGCUGGAAAGGUCGGAGAGGUUCAGAGUGACCAAGGCGCUCCGGUUCUAUCUUUAGCAUGCUCAAAUACAAACGGCAUCGCUGCUGGAACAGAAUUAACGAAUCACCAAGCAACUGUUUCAAUUUGGGACGCAAGAUCUUUAGCUGCUCCGAUCGUACAGUACGUGGAAAGUCACAGUGACGAUGUUACAGAGCUACAAUUUCAUCCAACUCAACAAUCACUUCUAUUGUCUGGUUCUACGGAUGGUCUCGUCAAUAUAUAUAAUAUCACCAUCUCAGAAGAGGAAGAAGCCCUCCAUCAGACAAUCAACCAUGGUCAUUCAAUACAUCACGCCAACUUCCUGAGCGAAACCGAUAUCUUUGCUCUUUCACAUGAUGAAAAAUUCUCUAUGUACGAGCUAGUAACAAACCCAGAAGAGGGUGUUGAAGAGCCAGCUCCAGUGGUAUAUGGUGAUAUGAGAGAAAACCUUGGAGGCGAAUAUGUAGCAAACGUUCUAUGCAGACCAGACGGAGGAGCUGUCUUAGGGACCGGACGUCAUAGCAAGAAUGAUUUCGAUUUGAUACAAUUGAAAAAGGGAAAGCCUUGGGUAUUUGCUCCUGAGACGAAGGUUACACUUGAUGGUGCUCAUGGAUCAGAGAUCAUCAGAUCGUUUUGCUUCCUUGAUUCGCAUAGAGCAGUAUUGACUGCUGGUGAAGAUGGACAAAUCAAGUCAUGGACGGUUUUAUGGCACUUCAUUCUUCCAAUAUGUUAUGCGCAGGCUCAGGAAGAAGAGCUAGCGACGUCUCUCACAGCAGAAGGGAGUCCAAAGCCGUCUAUUCAAGCUCAACCGUCUGCAGCUCAAGAAUCACAUCGAGCGCCACCAAUAAGGAAUACAGCUGAAAAUGAGUUAGUUGACAAAGCUUUACAUUCCCUUCAACGUUACGAACGAACACAUCCACGUUCCACCUCCAAUCCUUCCGGAAUUGUCAAAACUUUGACGCAAUAUGUCGUUGCAAGUCUUCCCAAAUUGACUCAAGGGCCGCCACCGGAUGGAAGGAGCCCGGCGCAUAAUCAAGCUCCAGGCCCAGUCGCAGAAGCAGUGCAACUUUUGGAGCAAGCAGCUCAUGUCAAUAACUCCGAUGCUAUCUAUCUCCUGGCACAAAUUAACUUCUACGGGAAUUACUCAUAUCCCAAAGACUAUAGCGAGGCAUUCAGGAGAUAUCAUCAAUUGGCAUCAUUGGAUGGAAACAGUUCGGCACAACAUAUGGUUGGAUUCAUGUAUGCAACGGGAAUUGGAGGAGCUGUUGCGCAGGACCAAGCAAAAUCUUUGCUAUACCAUACCUUUGCCGCUGAAGGAGGAAGUAUGAGAUCUGCGAUGACUCUUGCUUAUCGACAUCAUAGUGGCAUCGGUAUGUCAAGAAAUUGCGAUUCGGGAAUCAAAUAUUACAAGAAAGUGGCGGAUAAAGCAAUCGAAUGGCAUCGAUCCGGACCACCAGGAGGUAUGGCAUAUGUUCAGGAUUCUUAUCAACUUGCAGAUGACGAUGGAGGAGUCUAUGGGGAAGGAGCAAGUUUUAGUAGCGCCGGACACAAUGCAAAGGGCGGAGGACCAAGUUCAGAUGCCCACGCCGCACUAGAUGAUGUUCUAGAAUAUCUCGAUUUGAUGUCUAGAAAAGGCGACUUCAAGGCAACUUUCAGCUUAGGACGCAUUCAUUACGAUGGCCAAAAGGGACUUCCACGAAAUUUGAAGAGUGCGAAAUGGUAUUUCACAAAGGUUGCCAAAUUAUAUUGGACGAGAAAUGGAAAGAUCAUCGAAAAUGAUAAACCGCAACUGGACAAAAUUGCUGCCAAAUCCGCAGGCUAUCUUGGACGAAUGUACCUCAGGGGGGAGAGUGUUGAUCAGAGCUACGAAAAAGCCCAGACUUGGUUCGAACGCGGCAUUAAAAAUGGAGAUGCUGGUUCUCAAUAUGGAAUGGGUUUGAUGUAUCUUCAUGGCCUAGGAGUACCCAAAAAUUCCGUGUUAGCACAGCAAUACUUCAAAGCUUCUGCCGAUCAAGACUACGCGCCUGCUCAAGUUAACCUAGGAGCUAUGUAUCUAGAUCAAGGUACUGAUAAUGAUAUCAAGGUUGCAAAUCGAUAUUUCGAACUCGCUGCACGUUAUGGUAAUAUUGAAGCUUAUUACUACCUCGCCGAACUUAUUGAUCAGGGAGUUGGCCGGGACCGAAGUUGUAGUUUGGCAACUGCAUACUACAAGAAUGUUGCGGAGAAAGCAGAACCACUUCUGACGUCCUUCGCCGAAGCAAAUAAUGCAUAUGAUCAAGGUGAUCUCGAAUUGGCUUUGAUUGGUUAUAUGCAUGCAGCUGAACAAGGAUACGAAAAAGGGCAAUCCAAUGUUGCAUAUAUCCUCGAUGAACAAAAGUCGAAAUUGACCAUACCGUCCUGGCUAACCCUUGUAUCCACCACUCGACCUAAAUUAUUACAGAAUGCGGCACUUGCACUGCUUUAUUGGACUAGAGCUUCUAAGCAAGCAAAUACAGACGCUUUAGUUAAAAUGGGUGAUUAUUAUCUUAAUGGUAUCGGCACACCGGUAGAUUUAGAGAAGGCUGCAGCUUGUUAUACAUCCGCAUCUGAAUUUCCUCAAAGUGCCCAAGCAUUAUACAAUCUAGGCUGGAUGCAUGAGAAUGGUGUUGGCCUUGAUCAAGAUUUCCAUCUCGCAAAGAGAUAUUAUGAUCACGCUUUGGAGACGAAUGAAGAGGCAUAUCUACCUGUAACUCUUAGUUUGUUAAAACUACGCAUUAGAAGUGCAUGGAAUUCAUUCACACAUGGCAAAAUAAAUUCUAUCAUUGACGAACCAACUCCUAAAAAACAAUGGUCUCUAGCGGAAUGGGUUAGCAAUUUCUUGCAAGAUGAUCAUCCAUACUACGCCGAUUACGACGCAGAAGAUGCUUAUGGUUCUGUCCAUGACCCCAUGCCAGGUGGUGAUGCGGAUGGACUUUAUGAUGACAUCCUUGAUGACGGCUUGGUGGAAAGUCUUAUUAUCAUUGGCUUAGCAGCUGCACUAGUGUUCUUGAUAGUAUAUAGACAACAGAGGCAGGAGGCGCAUCGAAGAGGUGAAGCACCUGCGAAUGCACAACAACAACCGGCGAAUGGAGAGGUCCAAAAUGGAGGACUGUUUCCACAACCAGGUGAUGCGAAUUUCAACGAUUGGGUGGCGGGUGGUGUGGGACAUUAA